AUGGCCGCCAGCAACCUCGUUCUCAUCCCCAUCGACUCGAUCUCUGAGCUCUCGCGAACCGUCAUCCUCCACGCACUCGAGCACAGCGUGGUGGCCACCGACAAUGUCGAGAUCCUCCAUAUCAUCAAGCCGUCGCUGUUCUCUGCCAUGCAAUCUGCAUACGAGCACCGCGAGAUCGUCGAGGUCACCCAGCGCCUCACCAAGUUUGUCCAGGAGAUUGUCCAAGCAAGCGGCGUCGCAAACAAGGUCUCGCUCAACGUGAUCCAUGGAGAGGCCAAGGGCCACAUCAUGAUGGAGAUCAGCGACCGCGCUCCGCGACUGGUUGUCAUGGGUGCCCACCCACAUGGCCCCCUCGCUGGCACUGGCAGCAUCACCGGAUAUGUCUCACAGCGAUCCCCGUGUCCCGUCCUGGUUCUGCCUCACUCCAUCGCCAAGACUGCCGUCCCGAUGGAAGGCAGCAGCAGCAGCAUCCCGAUUGCUGCCUGA